AUGACGACGAAACACCACCCUUGUGGCUACCCCACCCACAACGGCACGAAGAACCUCGAUGAGACCGAACAGAACGGACAGGCGCACAAUGCCACCGGACAGACAGAGGUAGACGAGAUAAUGGAAGCACAAACGAAAACGAAGCCACGAGAGAGGUGCAUUGAGCUAAACAGAAAGGGCGUGGACUCCAACGAGGUAAUGAAGAACUUGAAUGAUGCAUUCUCCGUGUUCGACAUGGACAUGAAUGAGUUUAUCACAACGGAGGAGCUAAACACAAUGAUGUGCAUCAGGCUGCAAGAGUUCAUUGAGUUGAACACUAAGGGCGUGGACUCCAACGAGGUGAUGAAGAACUUGAAGGAUGCAUUCUCAGUGUUUGACGUGAACAGAUGA